UAAAUUUAAAAUAAUGCCUAUCAUCGUAAAAGACUUUUCUUGGUGGCAAACUGAGUGUAAAUUGUUUUUACAAAUUAAAAUUCCACAUAUCUCACAGAAAAAUGCCGAUAUUCUUACGUCUAAUAAAUAUUUAAAAAUUAGCUGUUUACCGCAUAUUUUUGAAGCGAUUCUCUGGGAUGAAAUUAAUGAAGAAUGUAGUAAAUGUACAUUUGAUAAUGGAUGUGUUUUAUUUGAAUUACAAAAAAAAAAUAAUGUGCAUUGGGAAUGUUUGACACUAAAAAAAUCAAAAGAGGAGCUAAAAAAGUUAAAAUGUGAAAUUUUGAAUAACAUCAUCGAAGAAUGCAAGAAUAAAUCUCAUCAAAAGGCUGUCGUUAAAACAGAACGAGACCGAUUAGCUGUCAAGGAACAAAUAAAUUUUGAAAACCAAGAACACCAACUUAUUCAAAGUGUUCGUGACGAAGAGAAACAAAAAGUUUUGAAAGAGUUGAGUUCGUGGAAAUCAAAAACAGAAAUUAUAUACGAUAAAAGAAUAAAUGAAAAAAAAAAUAAAGACAAUUUUUCAACGGAUCAACCGAUUAAGAUUUACGAGGUAGAAAACACACCGACUGAAUAUCAAUUGCCAAGCCCUAGAAAUUUUAAAGCAAUUGAAAUAAAUUUCACACCUAGACACUUUACUACUCCGAGUAGAGAAUCAACAAAAGCUGACGAGCAAGAGUGGUUACAUAAGCAAACAGCCGCCAGAAGGGCUGCAGGAUUUGUAGAAGAAGACUUAAGACCAGAAGAACAUGACCCCGAAUGGUGUUUGAAAAAAGGAAAUACAUUUAUGACAGAAUUAAAUUAUAUUGGAGCAUUAAGCGCUUAUUCCCAUGGAAUAAAGUUGAGUCCAAAAAUGGCUGUAUUGUACUUGAACAGAUCUAAAGCCCACAUUCAAAUAAAAAACUAUCACAAAGCCGUCGAAGAUGCAACAACCGCGUUGGAGUUGAUGGUGCCGGUGGUCGAUGGAAACGUGGGUUGGCGAGCUGAGGCGUAUUACAAUCGAGGCAGAGCGUUGGUCGAGCUGAAUACCGCACACUUGGCCGUCGAUGAGCUCAAAUUGGCUUUGACAUUGGCGCCAGACCAGGCCAAAGUCUACGGACCAGAGUUACAGAGAGCCAUGGAGUUGGCACCAGCGCACGAGCAAGAACAAAAAAAGACUCGAGAAUUAGACUUAAGUAACGCGCCGACCAUUUGGUGUAAAUGAAGAAUAUUGCCAUUACUAUUAUAUUAUUACUGUUAUUUCACUUGAUAUUCGGUCAAUAGCUCAAUAACAAAUGCAUAGGACAAAAAAAUAAUAACAAUAUAUUACAUUAUUACAAACCAAGCAAUGACAUAAUAGUUCGAUUUGAGAUAUGUAUAAUUAAAUAAUUGGA